AUGUGGAGGAAAAAGUAUUACGAACACCCGCGGCGCCUCGCGCUCGCAGCCAUCGCCAAAGAGACCGUGGCCAUGACACCAACCAUCGCAUCAGGGCUACCACAUCUCGAUCCAACAAAGUCUGAGAUGCUCAACCUGGCCAGCCUGCCGCCUCUCGACCCAUCCAAAUGCCCGCGUUUCAAGACCAUGUACCCAGACGGGCCAACCCCAGUCUACGGCACCACAACCCGCGUCUUCAACCAAGACACCUUCGACGCCGCCCUCGCCAUGCCCGCCUCGGCCCUCUCCAUCCUACCCAACACCAACACCAACCCAACAACGCCACAACCCACCACGCCCACCCCAACAACAACCGAAACCGAAGCCUCCACCCUCGCCCUCCUCAAAACAGCCGCCGCCUCCCCCGCCAACCUCAACCCGACCACGGCCCCGCGCGUCGCCGUGCUCAACAUGGGCUCGGAGCGCAGCCCCGGCGGCGGCUGGCUCAAGGGCGCCUCGGCCCAGGAAGAGGCCCUGUGCUACCGCAGCACCCUGGCCGCGUCGCUGCACCGCGCGCUGUAUCCCAUCCGGGAGAGGGCGGGGUUGUAUACCCGUGAUGUGGUCGUCUUUCGCGGGGCGGCGGCGCAAGGGCAUAAGUUGAUGGUGCCGGAGGUGGCGGUUGCGGAGUUGCCUGUGGUGGGGGUGCUGAGUGUGGCGGGGAUUCGGAGGCCGGAGUGCUGCUAA